AUGCAUGAUUUUCUCAUGGCUGAAGACAGUGAGCUAUGGGACAUUGUCUUAGAUGGACCAUUUAUUCCAAUGAUUGAAGAAAAAGAUGGAGAAAAAAUUAGGCUUGUUCCAAAGCCUAGACAAAAAUAUGAUGAAGCUGAUAGGAAGAAGAUCGAAAAAGGCUACAAGGCAAAGACUCUUCUUGUCUGUGGUAUAGGGCCAGAUGAGUUCAAUCGUGUCUCAGCUAUGAAAGAAGGUGAAACCAUUCAUGAGAUGUUCACUAAAUUGUCCUCCAUUACAAAUGAGUUGAGAAGCCUUGGAGAACCUAUCAGUAUGAGCAAGCAAGUUAGGAAAGUGUUUCGAAUCCUUCCAAAGUCUUGGGAAAUCAAGGUUGAUGUUAUUACUGAAGCAAAAGAUCUGAAAGUGUUGACAAAGGAUGCUCUCAUUGGAAAUCUGAAGACUCAUGCGAUGAAUCGAAAUCACUAUCAGUCAAAGAAGGAAGUCAAAAAGGAUAAGUCCUUGAUGCUGAAAUACAAAUCUGAAGAAAACUCCAGUGAUGAUGAUAUGGCUUAUCUCUUCAAUAGAUUUCAAAAAAUUGUGAGAAAGAACAAAGGUUUUAAAAGGGGAGCAAAUGGUCCUCGAACUGCCACUCAAAAUGAUACAUGUUAUAAGUGUGGGAAAGCUGGGCACUUUAUAAGAGAGUGUCCUUUACUCAAGACUAAAAAUAAAGAAUAUCAAAAAUCAAGAGGUGAUAAAGAGAAGAGAACAGACCUGGCUCUUGCUGCAUGGGGAGACUCUUCAAGUGACUCAGAAGAUCCUGAUGAACCAAAUGAUGUGUCAAUGGUGGUGGUUCAUGAAGAGGAAACCAUAUUCAAUGAGAUGUUUGCUUUCAUGGCUCAUUCAGAAAAUGAAAAAGAGGAGGACAAGGUAACUCUUCUUGAUAUGAAACAUGAUUUGAAUACUUAUUCUCUUAAAAAAUUGAGAACUUUAGCAAAUGUUAUGAUUGAUUCAGUAAUUGAGUUAACCUCUGAAAGAGACAUUAUGAAUGCUGAGCUUGACAGUUUAACUGAAAAAAAGAUAAAAUGGAAGAGAAAAUGUUGA